UUCUCCGUGGUCGAACUCAAGCGCUUCCGAAGCAUAUGCAAAUCAUGGCGCUCCUCCGUUCCCGGCGACUACGCUCACUUCCCGAACCGCCCUCUUUUCUACGUCAACCAAGUCCCAGAAAUCUCUCUCUCCCAAUGGUUCAGCCUUGUCAAAAUAUUUCUCUCACGUGCAGCCUUUUUCCGUGUCACCCUCUCCUCUUCCCCGAGCCAGGGCUGGCUUAUCAAAUCCGACGCGGACAUCAACUCCGGGAAAAUCUGUCUCCUCGAACCACUCUCGCGCCAUCCGAUGACACAUUCGCUCACGAGUGUUGAUCUUUCGGAUUUCACUAUGUCAGAGAUUCAAGAAUCAUUUGCGCUUAAGACGAGAGGAUUCAUAAGAGUGGUGCUUGUCAAAUAUAAGAAAGGAGAAGCUUAUCAUAAUCGGAUUCUUGGACUCGACCAUUACGGGGAGAUCAAGCACAGGCCAUGGGAUAGAAAUAAGUGGAGA